AUGAGCAGGCCGCGCGCGCUCUCGCCCGCCUGCCGUUUCCUAGCCCCAGCCUGUGAUUGGUGCAGGCCUCGGACCUGGCGGACCCCGAAUGCCAGGCCCCGAAAAAGCGGCAGCCGAGGCGGCCGAGUCCUCCGGCCUCCGACCCGCCCCCCCGCCCUGGCUCGAGCCCGCCAAGCGAAGUUUGUGAAUGGGCAUAGAUGAUUAUGGAUCCAGGUGGUGGAAGUCUUGGGUUGCAGACACAGGAAUCCAAAAUGCCUCACACUAUGAUUAUGCAGGAUUUUGUGGCUGGAAUGGCUGGUACCGCUCAUAUUGAUGGAGACCAUAUUGUUGUAUCGGUCCCUGAAGCUGUACUAGUUUCCGAUGUUGUCACUGAUGACGGGAUAACCCUCGAUCAUGGCUUAGCAGCUGAAGUUGUCCAAGGACCUGAUAUCAUAACUGAAACUGACGUCGUUACGGAAGGCGUGAUCGUUCCUGAAUCUGUGUUGGAAGCGGAUGUUGCUAUUGAAGAAGCACUAGAUACCAGUGAUCAUGUUUUGACUUCGGAUCUAAUAACAGAAACUGUUAGGGUUCCUGAUCAGGUUUUUGUGGCUGAUCUUGUUACGGGUCCCGAUGGACAUUUGGAACACGUUGUACAAGAUUCUGUGUCAGGAGCUGACUCCCCCACGAUCGUUUCAGAAGAGGUUCUUGUAACUAAUUCAGAUACAGAAACUGUGAUUCAAGCAGCUGGCACUGUUCCUGGUUCUACAGUUACUAUAAAGACUGAAGAUGAUGAUGAUGGCAAGAGCACAUCUGAAGACUAUUUAAUGAUAUCUUUGGAUGAUGUUGGUGAAAAGCUUGACCAUAUUGGAAACACGCCAUUAAAAAUCAGCACUGAGGUUUCGCAUGACGACGUAUCUAAAGACGAUGGGUUUGGCUCCGAAGUUAUUAAAGUUUACAUAUUUAAAGCUGAAGCUGAGGAUGAUGUGGAAAUAGGUGGAACAGAAAUUGUAACAGAGAGUGACUUUCAUAAUGGGCAUUCUGUAGCUGGAGUUCUAGAGCAAGGAGGCGUUGGCAGAGUACAGCGAGAGAAGAUGGUUUAUAUGGCUGUUAAGGAUUCCUCUCAGGAGGAUGAAGAUAUUAGUUGUGCUGAAAUAGCAGAUGAAGUUUACAUGGAGGUUAUUGUUGGUGAAGAGGAAGCAACGUCUCUUCCUGAUGCACAGCUUGAAGACUCUGGUGUGAAUAAAACUUUUGUCCCUGUUGCAUGGGCUGCUGCUUAUGGAGAUGAUAGAAGACUUCCCAGGAGGUAUGAAGACUGUCAAACACCAGGAACCAACGUGGAUGCAAGAUUAGAAAACAAAAAUGGUAAUGCAACACAAUACCUGCAAAUCUGUGAUAGCAUUAGCACAAAUAGACUGCUUAAACAGAAGGCCAAGAAAAGAAGAAGAGGGGAAACAAGGCAGUGGCAAACAGCUGUUAUAAUAGGUCCUGAUGGACAGCCCUUAACAGUCUACCCUUGCCAUAUAUGUGGGAAAAAAUUUAAAUCCAGGGGAUUCUUAAAAAGGCAUAUGAAAAACCACCCAGAUCACAUGAUUAAGAAGAAAUACCAGUGCACAGACUGUGAUUUUACAACUAACAAGAAAGUGAGCUUUCAUAAUCACCUGGAGAGCCACAAGCUCAUCAACAAAGUUGACAAAACGCAUGAGUUCACAGAGUACACCAGGCGGUACAGAGAAGCGAGCCCGCUGAGUUCGAAUAAAUUGAUCCUGAGGGACAAGGAGCCGAAAUUGCACAAGUGCAAAUAUUGUGACUAUGAGACCGCAGAGCAAGGACUGCUCAAUCGGCACCUGCUUGCGGUUCACAGCAAGAACUUCCCUCACGUUUGCGUUGAGUGCGGGAAGGGAUUCCGCCACCCUUCCGAGCUCAAAAAGCAUAUGAGGACCCACACGGGGGAGAAGCCUUACCAGUGCCAACAUUGUGUCUUCCGCUGUGCCGAUCAGUCCAAUCUGAAGACACACAUCAAAACCAAGCACGGUACUGAGCUGCCCUUUAAAUGUGAACAUUGUCCACAGGCGUUCACAGAUGAGAAAGAACUCCAGCAGCACACGGAACUGUUUCAAGGGCAUAAGACCCAUCAGUGCCCGCACUGUGACCACAAGAGCACCAACUCGAGUGACCUGAAACGGCACAUCAUAUCGGUUCACACGAAAGACUUCCCUCACAAAUGCGAGGUGUGCGAGAAAGGCUUUCACCGUCCGUCGGAGCUCAAAAAGCACAGUGAAACCCAUAAAGGGAAAAAGAUACACCAGUGUCGGCACUGUGACUUUAAGACUUCGGAUCCCUUUGUACUUAGCGGACAUAUCCUCUCCGUUCACACCAAGGACCUGCCUUUUAAAUGCAAACGGUGCAAGAGAGGGUUUAGGCAGCAAAUAGAACUGAAGAAGCACAUGAAGACCCACAGUGGAAGGAAAGUCUAUCAAUGUCAGUAUUGUGAGUAUAGCACUACAGACGCGUCAGGCUUCAAGCGGCAUGUCAUAUCGAUACACACAAAAGACUAUCCACACAGGUGCGAGUACUGCAAAAAGGGAUUCCGUAGACCUUCAGAGAAAAACCAGCAUAUAAUGAGGCACCACAAAGAGGCCCUGAUGUAACAUACGAGCUGCGGAAGAAAGCAAUUUAGAAACUGUGAUACGCUAAUUGGGGAAGAAAACUCUCAUGAACUGUUUCUCCUGGUUUCAAAGCUUGAUAUUAAAUCAUAACUUUACAUUCUUUGUAUUAAAAGUCUUAAAAGUAUUAGGGUUGACAGGGGAUCUCAUAGCCCUCUGAUUGUUGCUCAUCAGAACCUAAAGAACACUAUAAAUGCAGAGAGAUGAAUGAAUGUCUGAGAAGCUGCAGAAAGAGACCUUGAAUGUCUUCUGUUUAAAGUAUUAUACAUUAUUAAGCUAAAGAAAAUACUAAGACCGUUAUCUUAGCCCUUUAUCAAUAACGCCAUUUGCCUCCUUAACCAAAACCUGGAAUGGGAGCCUUUAAAAAUAUUUGCUAAGGAAAGACUACCAGAUGCAGUUUUUGACAGUGAACCUAGGUAGACGUCAGUCACUUGGUAAUUACAUAUUUUAUUUGUGUUGGGAAAUAGGAUCCAAGAAUUGUUCAGGUUUUGAGAUCUCUCUUCCUUUUAAUUUUUAAAGCAAACAUACAUUUCAUUGGGAAACUUCGUUCCCUUCAUUUAUUUAGGUUCAUUGAGCAAUUUUGAAACAUUUUUUCAGAGCUGCUAACCUAUUUUAUCGCAGGAUAUAGUGUUAAAAAAAAAUCAGCAUUAUGUUUUUGAGCUCAAAAGGUGUUGUUCGGUGCUAGGGUUAAAGACUUGUAUGUAUAUAAUUUCCCUUUUUAUCUGCAGCUGCAGUUGAAUGUUCAGUAUGGCACAUAUGAAAAAAAGUACCUUUUGACUGAUCUAAUUAUUAUUGUUUUUAAAAAAGGAAAAUAAAUAAAUGGAGGCAGCCGUUGGUGCUAAGAUUUGGCACGGUUCUUUUUCUUGCUACUUUACUAUCUUCCCUUAAAAAAGAGUAUCAAGAUAGAAAGAAAUCAAUCGUUGGGAAAGGCUAGAGAAACUUUGGGAGCAGUGUUGCUAGCAAGGUCGGACUACUGUGGUCCUUACUUGCAAAUUAAAAAAAAGGAAAAUCAGUAUAGACAUGAAAAUUGCACCUUUUAAUCGAUUCAUACAAAAUGUAUACCAUACUAUAAACAUGCAUUCUCAAUCUGUAAGAAAGUUAUAUAUGCAGUAUUUAACCAGAACAAUAUGCUGCCGCUAGAGUUUGGAGGUGGAUCUUCAGUUUACAGUGUAUACAUUUGAAAUAUGCAUCCCUUUAAACAAUGCUUUGUGUUAGCAUGCUGCAAAUCAAAAUGGCGCUUAAAUAUAACAAGCUGGUCUAGGGCUAUUUAAUAAAUAAAAAACUGUUCAUAAAUGUUAUGCAUAUAAUGUGUCCUUUUUUAAACUUUUUUUUAAGUUGCUUCAUGUUUGCACACAGCUGUUCACAUGAUAAAUUGUAACUUUACUUCAUGCUACUCUGUUGUGGCUUUGUGUUUCGGAUAAUGUUCAUACUUUGUUUUUGCACCAGAUGAGAAUCAGUUCCUUGAGAAUAAAUUUUUUUUAUACUUCUAAACUUCAGAAAGUUAACUUUGGGAAACCUUAGAAAACUACUUGUGUUUUAUGUGGCUGUAAAAAAUGAUGUACACGCUGUAAAAUAAGAUUGUCACUGUUACGUGGGAUUAUUAUUUCAAAAUGUGUUACUCAUUGUAAUGAGCAUACAAUAAAAUGCAUCUCUUGCACUCCAAA